AUGGAGAUAACGAACAACAACGUGGGAAUGCUGUUGCCCUAUAUGGACACGAUUUUGCGCGACUGCUCCUUCUUCACGGUUGACCUGGAGUUCUCUGGCAUUGACCAUGACAGAGACGACGCCUGCGCGGAAGCACCAGAGCAAGCUAUCCGCUCGCUCAUGCGAAAACCAUCUGACUUGUACCUGGCAAAGUUGCAGGAUAGCAAGUUGUACAGUAUAAUGCAGAUCGGCAUCUCCGUCUUCACCGAAGUAGAGGUUGGUGACGCCAACGGGGUCUCGACUGCGAAUGGGGCAACACCAUCAACGGUGCCGUCGGCGGCUGCUCACCUGAAAAAGGAGGUCGCCGAUUUUUUGGCGGCGGAAGUCGAAAAUUACACCGCCUAUGCUGAAACCACCGCAGUGGUAGAGAGAAUUCUGUCGAGUGCAAACGGCUCUGCGAAGGACUUCGCGUCCGCUUUCAAGUACUUAGCUGAUCAAAUGCUUGCAGUUGCGCAGUCGUUGGAGAUGGCUGCAAGGGCUAACAGCAUUCGUGCCACAGAGGGGCCGCCGCUGUCGAGUCAGUCUCUCCCUAUCUUGUGGAAGCGUUACCGCUUCUUAGAGACGCUCAGUCACGCUGUUGCGAGCUACCAGAUAAAAAGCACUGCGGCCGAUGCGACGGUGCCACUAACACCGUCGAAGUGCUACACGGUGCACACGUUCUCUGCACUGAUGUUCCCAGCCGCCACCGACACUGAGGUGGAUGUGACCCUCAACAUUGCUACCGCCGAGUUCCUCGCCAAGAACGACAUGGACUUCACGCGCUGGGUCAAGGAGGGGCUUCGCUUUGAGCCAGUUAAGGUGGCAGCCGCCCAACUCACCAAGAAGGUGGAGGCGCAAUUGCAGGAGAUAAAUCUGCUUACCCAGCCGUACACCAUGCUGAAAGGGUACAAGGAAUGCAUCGGCCGGAGACUAGACAAUCUGCUUCCUCUUUUACCAGGUGAGUUGCAACUGGUAAGGUUUAUUCUCUCUCUCUCGAGCAAGGAGUUUGACGAUCCGGCGGCUGCGAAUGUGAAGCAGUUUUACGUUAAAUCACUUGCUCUUAUUAUCUCCUUCGCGCGUGGAAUCGUUCCAGAGUCGGCGCUGCCGGAGUACAUCUACACGAAAGAGAAGCUGUACAGGGCGGAGAUGAACGCGCUGUCAGCAAUUGGUGUGACUAAGGCGAAUCGCAGGUUUGUGAGGACUGCUGUCUUCAACACCUGGGGCAAUGGCUGCAGCUCCAGCCUCGUCUCUCGUAGCUACGGCAGUGACCUCUUGAAGACCCUCUUGUAUGCCACCGAAGUGCACCGGAAGCCCAUUGUUUUCUACAAUGGCUACACAGAUGUAAUUUUUCUGCUACUCGCCCUUUACGGCGCAUCGAGUAUGCCGCUCAACCUGCAGUCCUUUAAGUCGCUGGCGCAUCGGCAUUUCCCGUCACUUUUCGACACCCGCAUUCUCAGCUGCGCCGAACCGCUUCAGGGCUUGGGGGACUUUUCUGGAAAGUUGUGGAAUGUGGUGGAUGAGAUAAGCAAGGUAAGCACCAUCGGGCCGUAUGUAUCGUUUAAGUUUGACUCGACCUUCUCUGGCGGCUGUGGCUCCACGCAGACCUCGAUGACCCACAACGCAGCCUUUGAUUCCUUGCUUACUGGCAAGCUCUUUGCGUUUGCCAAGUACGGACUAGAAAAUGCCAACACCAGCGUCAAGGUGUAUGAGAAUAUUUUGUCAACCUAUGCAACACUGAAGUCGAUCUACCUGGUAAGCCGCAUGGAUGGCAUGAAGCGGGAGACGGCGGCAGUCGUGUACUACAUUUCUAACAAGCCUGCGCUGCGGGUGGAUAUAAUACGUAAGGCGCUCGAGUCGUGUAAGAUCACUGCCGUGAUCCUCUACCGAGGCCACGGUUAUACCAUUCAACCGAUAGGUGCUGCGUGUCAGAUGCCGAACCUGGUGCAGACGAUGAUAAAGGUACUGAGUGCUAAGGUCCACGAAAAGGUCGAGUUGUAUCAAAUUGAGCUUCGAACGCGCGCGGCGAUCAAAGAAGAGAGAGAGAGUGAUUGCACAGGUGAGACAUAG